GUUUUCUAGCGGACUUUUAAUAAUCAACGAAAUGGUGAUCGUACGUUAUCCAGAUUUUUUUAGCAACGUUUAUCACGCAUUGUUGCUUGUAUCAAUUAGUUUUGAAUGGAUGAAUGUCAUGUUUGAUGUAUACUGUUUAUUUUUCUGGCCGAAAUUAGGUGGGAUAUUAGUGCUGAUAGGUAAAUUAAAAUGGAAGAAUCGAGACUUGGUUUGCAAUCCUUUUCACAGGUUUUUAUUCCAAUUACAAUACCAAGACAAUCAGUAAACAAUCUUUGAACCCUCCAGUCGGGUUUUAUGUACUGUCCUAUUCGUAUUUAACAAUCUGUGUAACGUGCUUUUAUUUUAGUAUAUAUAGUUGUAGUAUUCUGUUUUUGUGCUUAGAUCGACCAAUGAAGUGUUGGCCUGAUAUCAUUUCAGUUGUUUUGUGAAGUAAUUGAGGCGUAUCUUCAUGGUCUUUACUAUGAUGUUUGAACUCUUACUAGACUGUAUAAGUGAUAGAAUAUGUUCUAUGGGUGCUCUUUCGUUAGCAAUUUAGACGUCAAAUGAUCUGAAAAAAAAAAGUUUGGCUGGAGCGCAUUACAUCUUUCAAAAAAACUGAAAGCAUCUAACUACAAUCUAGUUUCAUUUAUGGCUUAGCGUAAACCGAACAACAUUCACGUCGAGAAAUUAUGAGUUUUACAAUCUUUUUCUGAUUCCGUUUCAUGGUUACUUUUUAGGAUAUCUUAUGUGAUAAACUUUAACUAUUUUCACCAACUGUACUAUAAAGAAAAAUGAUCUGUGAUGUUAUGCCAACAAUUAACGAAGAUAUUGGAUCUCAGGGUGAUCGAGAUUCACUGGUUAGUGCAGAUGGUACGAAUGUUGAAGAUAUGUUACUUAGCAUGUUGGAUGAACGUGACAGAUUGAUGGAAGGAUUGCGUGAAUCACAGGAACAAGUAAACGAAACAAGAACUCGAUUGAACGAAGUUGAAAGAGAACGUGAUAAACUUCAUGCACAGUUGUCAGCUAAAAUGCCUCAAGAUAUUGUGGAAAUGUCAAAAAAACUAACAGAAGUUGAAGAGCAAUUAAUUGAAAGAUGUGAUGAAAUCGAUGAUUUGAAAGCUGAACGAAACAAUAUGAAAAUUCUCUUAGAACACUUAGAGAAUUUGGUAGCUCGCCAUGAGAGAUCACUUAGAAUGACUGUAGUGAAACGACAUACAUCAACGGCUAUGAGUACUAGUACAAAUUCAUUGAUUCCUGGGGGUACAAUGGCUGAUGGUGAAACAGUGUGCUCCGAAAUGGAUAUUUUAAAUUCUUCAUCGAAUUAUUCCAUGAAUACAACUACUGGAUCAACAAGUCCUUCAAUGACAGGAUUAGGUUCGGAAGUGGAAGUUUUAAAAGCAUUGAAAUCUUUAUUUGAACAUCACAAAGUUUUGGAUGAAAAAGUUCAUAAUCGUCUAAGAGUGUCACAAAAUAAAGUAACUGAUUUAGAAAAUGAAUUAUUCGAACUAAAACGUUCAAAGAUAAAUAAUAGUUCCACUGAAAAUACAUUUAAUAAUAAUAAUAUUCAUCGAACAAUGAUAUCUAGUGAAACACAAGUUGACAAAGAUUUCAUAAAAGAUGAUGAUACAGACAUAAAGAAUAAUCUUGAUCAAAUUCAAAAGUUAUCACUUGAAGAAACUGUUUCAUUUCCACAAGGAUCAGUUGGAAUAAGUAAAAGUUCUGAAUUCUUAUCUUCGUCAUCAGUUCUGAAUGCUCCUUUAUCAAAUUUAUUCUGUGGUUCAGCGUCAGCAGCUGCUCUUGAAGCAGCGAACAGAAUCAAAGAACUGCAAGAAAAUCUUGAACAACGUGCAUCUGAAUUACUCGCUGCUCGAAGGCAAGUGAUUGAACUGACAAGUCGAUCAAGAGAAAGCUCAAAUUCAUUGAGUUUAGCACAGAGUGAAUUAAAUCAUGCUAAUGACCAAAUUGAAAGGCUUACUCGUGAACUACGUGAAUCUGAGCAACGAAGAACUGAUCAAGAAUCCCUAGCUACGAGUUUAGAACAAAGAUAUUUAGUUACUCAGCGUGAAUUAAAUGCAGCCCAAGAUAUGACUGACAAAUUACGAGCUGAAUUAGCCUUCAAAUCAACGCAACUUAAACAGCAAGAAGAAAAAGUUCGAACACUACAAAUUAAAUUAGAUACAAUGGAAGACGAUCUGUUGCAGAGUAGAUCAUUGUCAAAUCAUUUCUUGACUAAAUCUUUCAAAACUAAAUACAUUCAUGAUGAAGUUGACAUUGAUGAUGAUGAUGAGGAGGAGGAGGAUGUUAUUGCUGGAACUCAAUACAAUGAAGAAAAUGCUUGCUCUGAUGAAAGUAAUCCUGAAUUAAUGAAUAAACAAAUAUCUGAGGGGGAAAUGGAACAAGAGACUGAUUCAAUCACUGGCCUUGAGAGCAAACGUGUCCGAAAAAUCAAAUCUAUUAGAUCAGCAUCAAAAAGGAAUCAUUAUUCUCGACAUAUCUUUCAACAGGAAUGGAAUUCUUAUGAAGAUCAGGUAAAAGAAUUAACAGAUGAAAUAGAAGAAGUUAGACAAGAAUUAACGCGUGCAAAAGAAAGAGAAAUCAUUAAUGAAGAACACAUAACUCGUUUAUCGGGAACGGUUGAUAAAUUAUUACAAGAAUCUAAUGAACGUUUACAAAAUCAUUUACAAGAAAGAAUGUUGGCUUUAGAACAAAAACAAAAUUUAAAUAAUCAAAUUGAACAAAUAAAGAGAGCAUUAGAAACAGCAAUAAGAGAACGUGAAACAAAUAUAACAGAAUCAAUGUUAUUAAGACAGAAAUUGUCUGAAUUAGCAGCUGCUUUUCGUUAUUCACAAGCUCAACUUGCAAUUGCUCAUACAUCAACUUCUGCAGCUCAGGCUACAAUUAUGGCAUUAGCCAAAGCAUCAUCUGAGAAAGUUAACAUGGAACGACAGCAACAACAGCAUAAUACAGAUAUUUCUAUACAAAAUUCAGUAUGCCCUUCAAGUGUAGUGGAAAAAUAUGGAACUGAGCAAAGUAGUCCAAUAGAUUUAAUUUCAAAAUUGAUCACUAAUACAUGGAUCUAUUCACAAGCUAAUAAUAAUUCGGAUCAACCAAUAGAAAUGAAUCCUGAUGUUGAAUUACACAAUAUUCAAUCACUUCCUAAUACAAUUAGUGAUAAUAAUAACAAUAAAUUUUAUCAGUCGAAUGAAUUACAGGAAAUGUUAACUCGACAAAAUGUAAUGAAUUUCAAUGAUCCAUCAUUACAAUUAAAUCAUGAUACUGUUAAUCAAUUGUCCUUGAAUGAUAUAGUCAAUUUUAUGAAAAUGAAACAACUACCAAACACCAUAUCUCAGCACAAUAUUCAAGAAAGUGCAACUGAUUCAACUACAGAUCCACAAUCUUUAGCGUAUAUGUUAAAAAAUCAAUUAGAUGCUAUCAAUAAUGAGAUAAAAUUAAUUCAACACGAGAAAGCCACUACAGAAAUGUUAGCUGAUGAAUUAAAGGGACGAUUUGGUACGACGGAUAUAAAUGUUGAUAAUAGAAAUAAUGAAUUUAAGACAAAGAAUCAGUAUGCUGAUAAUCCACCCGAUGGGAAUGAUGGUAAUAAUAAUAAUCAAGCGGAUCGAAAUGGCAAUCUUACAUUACAUGAUUUACUGCAUUCAUCAGAGCCCUCUGCUCUUGCUUCUUUGGGCAAUUUCAACUGCAGAACUACAACAGUUACUACUCAAAUGAAUAUGGAUAUUUAUCAAAACCCACCAAUUAGCUAUACGCAAAACUUUCCAACAACUUACACACUAACGCCGCAUCCAUCCUAUUUAGGAUAUGAUACACGACUGCGUGCACCAGUAAUGAAUCCUAUGGCUAUCCGACAACCGGGACAAUCAAAAUUAUAUAAUCAAGGAGUGUUUAUCCCUAAUCCCAGGUAUACUAGUGAUCAUAAUGUAAUUUUUUCAACUGGAACUGCUCAACUACCAACUUUAUCAAAUUUUCACGAUGUGGACUAUAAUAUGCGGAAACGUGCACAAAAUGAUCUUUCUAUGACUACAUACGAUAGCACAGUCACAACCACAACAAUAACUGGCACACGAGAUGAUUUAGGAAAUACAGAGUAUUCAGAUAGUAGUCAAAGGGAAAAUGAACGUAAACGAUCUAUUUUCGGGACAUUGGGUCGUAUGUUCAAGAGACCAAAUCCUGUAAAUGUAACAAACUCACAGAAUCAAAUGGAAAGUACAGUGAAAUCAGUAGUUUCAAACAAUCAACAACCUUCAUUAAGAUUUCAUUCUAAUCCAUUAACUCAUCCAUCCCGUCAUUAUCAUGUGUAUAAUAUUCCUCAAUCAACCUCAGUUCAUAGAUCAGACGAAAGAAAUAGACUAACUAAUGUUGUAUACUCUUCACAAGAUUCAGGAUUUUCGAAUAUGGCACAUUUCAAUCGUUCAGUUUAUCCAAACAAUUUUUCUCAAUAUCAUGUACAAGAAGGAACAUCGAGGUACAGUCCGAGACCUCCAUCACACCAUAGUUAUUUUGGCAAAGCGAAACCUGGUAUUUAUUCUGCAGAUGUAGGUACUAACCAAGAACAAAGUGCAAUUCAGCAGUCAGUUUUAUCACAUACGAUGAACUCUCAAGCUGCUCUUGGACCGAAACAAACUCUUGAGGAUAGACAGAAAUCUCAAAAAUUGUUACUUGAAGAUACUAUACGCAGUAAUUUACCAUUUACUUCAUGGAGUAGUCCCAUAUUAGUUGCAUGGUUAAAACUAUGGGUUGGAAUGCCAGCAUGGUAUGUUGCAGCUUGUGAAGCAAAUAUUAAAUCUGGUGCAAUGCUUGCCUCUUUAUCUGAACAAGAUAUUCAAAGAGAGUUAGGUAUACGUAAUCCUUUACAUCGUCUAAAGCUUCGUUUAGCUGUACAUGAAAUGCUUGCAUUUACUGCAUCAUUAACAGGUACAACGACGAAUCCAAUUAAAAAUGGUGAAACAUCUACCUCUAUGAAACAAUUACACUUGGCUUCCCCACUUAUAAAGGGUGAAUUAAAUCAUGAAUGGAUUGGGAAUGUUUGGCUGCCUAGUCUUGGGUUAACCAGAUAUAGGUCAUCAUUUAUGGAGUGUCUUGUCGAUGCACGUAUGUUAAGUCAUUUAACUAAGCGGGACUUGAGGGUACAUCUAAAGAUGGUUGAUCAAUUUCAUCGUUUAAGUUUAUACUAUGGGAUAAUGUGUCUCAAGCGCCUGGAUUACGACCGUUCUGAGAUUGAACGCCGACGUGAAGCAUGUCAAAAUAGUUUAAACGAUUUACUUGUCUGGAGUAACGAUCGAGUUAUUGUAUGGCUUAAAAGUAUAGGUUUGAAUGAAUACGCCAAAAAUUUGAUUGAUUCUGGUGUACAUGGAGCUUUGAUGGUGUUAGAUCCAGAUUUUGACGCGAAUUCAUUUGCUCUUAUCCUUCAAAUACCUAAUUCAGAUGUACAAAUGAGGCAUAAACUUGAACGUGAACUCAACAGACUUCUACACCCUUAUCGAUCAGUUAAUCAAAACACUUCGAUGAGAUCUACCGAUUCAAUCAUGAAUUAUGAUACGGCAGCAAGUUGGAUUGCUUCUGUAGAACGUCCAGAACCAGCAUAUUAUGAAAAUCAAUUUGAGAUAGGUGAUGAAUUAGGUGGUGAGUCAUCUUACAGACCUAGCACUCAACAACAAAGACAUGGAAUCAACAGGAAUAUUGCACCUAUUUCGGAAAGUUUAAAUGGAGCUCCACCUAUUCCUAUACGAGCGCAAAGAAAUACAGACAGACGAUACCCUACGUCUACUUCACAGUUAACUGUUAAUUCUCAGAACCAACUUCCUUUGAAUGCCAAUCUCAACCGUAAUCUUCAAUAUCGAAAUGCAGGUAUGUGUGAUGACAACUAUUCUUUUCUACAGAAUGAAACAUCACAACUAGAAAGAAGAUUGAAGAAAAAUUGAUAUUAGUAAGAAAUUAUAAUCAUUGAACCAACCUGUAAACUAUUGCAAUUGGAAAUUAUAUUCUUUAAUUCAAUUAAAAUUUAUAAAUUCAUUGAAUAUUCAUUGAUGUUUUUUUUAUAUGACUACAAUUUUACAAUUGUCAUACAACAAAAUCAUACAUUCACAAUGAAUUAUCAUUCCUAUAAUAUAUUAUGUAAAAACAAAAAACCGAUGAGAUGUGAAACAUGAAUGAUUUUAAUUGAAUAAAUAUUGUUUAUUAUUAUUAUGAUUAUGAUUAUUAUUAUUAUUAUAUCAUUAUUAUAAAUAUAUGGUAAAUGAGAGCAUAGUAACUGUAUAAACUAAUUAAGAUGAUAAUCAAUAUAAUAAAUUCAUUAUGAAACAAUAAAUGAAAUUCUGCAUAUUAACAAAAAAAGAACUAGAAUAUACAUAAUGCCAGAUUGUUUCACAAAUAAGCUGCAUUCAAAUAUUUGUAAACAAUAAAUUAUAUCUUAUGAUCAUGUAAAAAGAAAAAAAAAGAAAAACAAACUACUCAAUUUAUUACGUAAUUGUGCAUUUCACAAAAUCUAUUUCUAUUUUUGAAACAUUUUUGAUGAAUACAUGUAAAAAUUUACAUAAAAUUAACUAUUUUUUAUUUUGAUCAGAAACUUUACUUUUUUUAAUUUAUUUAUUUGUUUGUUCCUUUUUUUGUUUUGCUUUUGAACUAAAUUCAUUUAUUAUUGAUUAAUUAAUUGAUUGAUUGAUUAGUUGAUUGAUGAUUACAAUUAUAGACUUGAUUAAUAGAAAAUAUACAAUGAAAUGAAAAUAUUUUAUUUUUUUCAAAUUUGUCAAAUUAACCUGUUAUUAUUAUUAUUAUUGUUAUAGUUAUUGACAAUAUUCAAUUAAUUCAUAGACAUUAUAGUCAUUUAAUGAAUUACUUUAUCUAUCACUCAUAUUAUUUGUCUUUAUUCAAUAAAAGAUAAUAUUUAUUAUAAGAUUCAUACAGAUCAUUCCUAUUGAAUUUGACUCUUCUUUAUAUAUAUAUAUAUAUAUAUAUAUAUAUAUAUAUAUAUAUAUAUAUACAAUAAUCAUGAAUUCAAUGCAUUUCAGUGUCAUUAUGUAAUGAGAAAACAAAUUGGACCAAGUAAUUAACUUUAAACAAUUUAUAUGUUUGUACAAAUAUGACAACAAAAUGGCGUUUGAAUUGAUUUAGUAUUCAGUGUGUUCAAUGCAUUUUAAAGUAUUGCCCAUAGAUGAUAUGAAAAUAUAUUUUAUUUUCAAUGUUACAUUGAAUUGUACAACGUCAACACAUAUAUAAUUAUUUUAAUAUAUUUUAAAAAAAGAAACGAAAUAAAAAGGUAUUUUCAAUAAAUAAUUGGUGUUUUCAAAAUUGUUAAUGAAGAUCAAUGUUUAUUUGUGUGUAGAAACUAUAUGAUGCGUAAAAAAACAAACAUAUAUUCUCAUAUUUUAAGUUUUUGUUAGUGUACGCAGUUGAAAUAUGAUGUGAUUACAUCUCAGUCCUACAGGAGGUCGGUCGAAGCCCGGAUAGCUCAGUGGUAACGUCCCUGACUGUGAAGCUGGGUGACACGAGAUCAAAUCCACCAGGGAGCACCAGUUCCCUCAAGAUUACAGGUACACCUUGCUGAUGAGUGCCAAGUAGCACGAAACUCGGGUCCAGGGUUUCCUGUUGACUACCUCCAACCACCAUCUAAAUCUCAGUAUAUAGUGCACGCAUUGUCGAAUCACCUACACUGGUGGCCACAUUGCAACAUGAUCUAUAGCA